AUGGACCAAGUAUGUACUGAUUUACAACUGCCUACCAUUUCAAGUCCUCGUGAAGUCUCAUUCCUACAAGAAUACAUCAAUGUAACUUUUACAUACAUAUUUAAUAUUUNCAAUAUUAUUUUUUGCAAACCACUUGUGAAUGCUCUUCAACGGGGAUUAAAUAAAAGGUAAUAUUUCUGUUUAAAAUAGUACUUAACUAAGUAACUAAAUACAUGAAAUGCUUAAGAAAAUGAUAAAAAUAUAAUUUUGUGUUAAUUAAAUUAGGUAUUCGUAUUACAUAAUAAUUAAUAUACCAACACUAGAACCAGAAUUUUAGUUUUAUUUUUUAAUAACUAUAUUUUAAUAAAUAUAAAUACCAUGCAUUUUGUUUUAAAACUUUUAAUAAUUUAUGGUUCUUAUUAUCAAUAUUUUUGUCAAAAUAGUGGAAAAGUUAAAUGCUGUAUUCUAAUAUUGCCUCAAAAAGAUAAAUUAAAUUAACUGUUAGAUAGUCUUUGUUUUAUACGUAAUUUGAUUAAUAUAUAUUUAAAAUAAGUAAAUAUAAAAAUUGUAUUGAAAUAACUUCAUAAAAUCAUUUAUAUUUUAAUUUUUAGAUUCAUGAUAUACAUGCAGUCCAAGAUGUGCCAAAUUGCAGCCUGUUUAGUUCCAAAAUUUAAAUUAAAUUGGGUUACACAAGAAGAACGGAACGGCAUUAAGAAUACUUUUAUAGAAACUGUAGUUGAUUAUUCAACAACAGAAAUAAAAUCUGAAGAAUAUAAUCUACAAUCUAUAUCUAGUGCUUUGUCUAGAGAAUGUCCCAGCACUAAUAGUGAUUCCAAGGAUGAUUUUUUUAGUUUUGGGGAAAAUAGUUCCGAUACAAAUGUUGAUAUCAAACUUCUGGUCAAUAAUUAUUUGUCUAAUGGAAAUUUAAAAUCUCCAUUAGAAAUGCCAACUAUCCUCAAGGAUAUGUAUAUUAAAUAUAAUACUGCCGUACCUUCUUCUGCACAUGUGAAACGGUUAUUCAGUGCUGGAGGUCAGUUGUUGAGCAAAAGAAGAGAAUCAAUGGCAGACCAAAAUUUUGAGAUGUCAUUAUUAAUUAAAUUUAAUAGGUAUUUUGAUUGA